AUGCUCCUGGCAAAGAGGAGGAGAAAAGCUCAGCGCCCCCCCGAUUGGUUGGACGCUAGUUUGGGGAGAAAGACGGGGAAUCCCAAGGCAGCAGCCCCUACAGACGUGCCAGAUUUGAUGUACGACGAGGAAAGACAGGACAAGUUGGACGGGCCCUUGGGUCCUCCACCAAUCGCGGUCAGGGCCCCUCGUGCAAUGUCCACAGAAGGUGCAGCAGCGCUCGAGGGUGGCGCGGUUGCUGGUGUAAAAGCGGUCCGUGCUGCGGGCGAUCCUGUUGCCGGGUUGGGCAAGGCGCGGAACCCCUCAGCAAUCGUUCAGGCUCAGGAGGCCCUCAGCGUGGUUCGGCUGUUCACCUUCCGGAAGAUCAAAAAAGCGACGAACGGCUUCUCCGACAGUGCGCUGAUCGGACAGGGCGCCUUUGGACGAGUCUUCAGGGCCACGUUCUCUGAUGGAACGGUUCUGGCUGUCAAAGAGCUCGGGAAGGGCAAGAAGGGCGUCGGCCAGAAAGAGUUUGUGAGUGAACUUGGGACCAUUGGCAACGUUCGACACAGGAACCUGGUGUCGCUGCGGGGAUACUGCAUCGCUGCAAACGCGUAUUACUUGCUCAUGGACUAUGCGCCAAACGGGAAUCUGCAGACGGCCAUAUCUAACGUCUCGGGCGCCCCUCUGACGUGGAAGCAGCGCCUGGACAUCGCGACCGGGGCAGUGCGCGGCAUCUCGUACCUGCACAAUGACACGGCGCCCACCAUUCUGCACCGGGACAUCAAGUCCGCCAACAUUCUGCUGGGCGCAAACUUCGAACCGCUGGUGGCAGACUUUGGCCUGGCGAAGCUUGUUGACGAGGGCGUUACUCAUCACAGCACAGCCGUGCGGGGCACGUAUGGAUACGUCGCCCCCGAGUAUGCUCUAUACGGCCAGGUGACGAAGAUGAUUGACGUCUACAGCUUCGGCGUCGUGUUGUUGGAGCUGGUGACGGGGAGGCGCGCGGUCGAGGCGAUGCCCGACGGAACGCGCUGCAAUCUGGUUGAUGCGGUAGCACGCCACGCUCGCCAGCCGAACGAUGUCGUGGACCCCCGCCUGCAUGGCCACUUCCCGGCUCAAGUUUCCGCUCAGUUCGUGGCCCUAGCUGUGGGCUGCACCGCCCGGGAGGACGUCCACCGGCCGCAGAUGUCCCACGUGCUCCGCGAGCUGGAAGAUAUGGGCCGGAGAGUGGAGGCGGACUCGGGGAUCGUCACGGACGGUAGCUGGUUCGGGUCAGCGGGUACCGGGCAGGCGGUAACCGCGUAUCCGAGCGCUUCCACGAGCUCUUGGAACCAGCCCGGUGCUUCGAGCGGGAGCGCGGCGAGUGACGGGAUCAUGGCCAGUAUGGAUUACCAAGUGUCAGCGAUAAGGCAAGGCCGAUAA